ACCAUCGCAGCAAACUCCCCCACUGAAAGCCGAAUUCUCUCAUCAAAGCUCCCAUUUUUGCAAGCCUCCUCCAAAUCCAUGGUGGAAACCCAGAAAGGAAGAAAUGAAGCUAUACCCAUCUCAUCGACCUCUCAAAAUUCCUAUCAUUUUCUCAAAACAGAGAUUUUGUGCUACACCCAAAGUUUCCCCUCAAGAUAAUGAUGAAAAAGCCAAAGACGCUCAAAUAAUUUCCGAUCUCAGACUCAUUGUGCGUGGAAGGCAAAGCUGGAAGGUCGCAUUAAACACCGCCAUUUUCCUGAAGACCCACCACGUCGAGGAAGUCUUGAUCCAAACCUUGGACGACCCGAGGUUAGCUUUACGGUUCUUUAACUUCCUAGGACUUCACAAAGGCUUCCACCACUCGGCCGAGUCGUUUUGCGUGUUGAUUCACGCUUUGCUCAACGUUAAUCUCUUUUGGCCCGCCUCUUCGCUUUUGCAGACGCUUUUGCUUCGUGGGUUGAGUCCGAGUGAGGCCUUUGAAGCUCUUUGGAAGGCUCAUGAGAAAUGUAAGUUCCAUUCGAGUUUGGGUUUUGAUUUGUUGAUCCAACACUAUGUGCAGAAUAGGAGAGCUUUUGAUGCUUUAAUGGUAUUUAGAUUAAUGAGGAAGUUUGAUUGUCGUUUGCUGCCUCAAAUUAGGACCCUAAGUGCUCUUUUGAACGACUUAGCGAAAAUUAGACAGUUUGGCAUUGUUUUGGAAGUGUUUGAUGAGAUUGUGAAAGCUGGUAUUAGGCCUGAUAUUUUUAUAUACACGGUGGUGAUCCGAAGUUUUUGCGAAUCGAAGGAUUUUGUUAGAGCUUGUGAAAUGAUUCAUCAAAUGGAGUCGAACGUGGCCGAGUUGAAUGUGGUGGUGUACAAUGUGCUUAUCCAUGGGCUUUGUAAGAAUCAUGGGGUGUGGGAGGCAGUUGAGGUUAAGAAUGGAUUGGUUAAACGGGGAUUGAGAGCAGAUAUUAUCACGUAUAAUACGUUAGUCCUUGGCUUAUGCAGAUUGGAACAAUUUGAUGUUGCCGUAGAGUUGAUGGAUGAGAUGAUAAAGUUGGGUUUUGUUCCGAGUGAAGCCGUAGUUACAAGUCUGGUUGAGGGGCUGAGGAGGAAGGGGAAGGUUGAAGAUGCUCUUAGUUUGGUAAAGAAAGUAGGGGAAAUUGGGUUAGCACCUAAUUUGUUUGUUUACAAUGCAUUGAUCAAUUCAUUAUGCAAAAAUGGGAAAUUUGAUGAAGCCGAGUUGCUUUACAAUGAAAUGGAAAGCAAGGGUUUGCAUGCGAAUGAUGUUACUUUCUCUAUUUUGAUUGAUUCAUUUUGUAGAAGAGGUGAAAUGGAUAUUGCACUUAGCUUUCUUAGUAAAAUGAGAGAGGCGGGAAUAAAAGUGACGGUCUAUCCCUAUAAUUCUUUGAUCAGUGGGUACUGCAAGUUAGGGAAUUUGUGUUUAGCAGAGUCUUUUUUCAAUGAGAUGAUUAACAACAGAUUGCAGCCAACUGUGAUUACUUACACAUCGUUGUUGAGUGGAUAUUGCAAUGAAGGAAAAUUGCAUAAGGCGUUUAGGCUAUAUCAUGAGAUGACAGGGAAGGCAAUUGCUCCGAACACUUAUACAUAUACUGCUCUUAUAUCCGGUCUUUGUCGAGCAAAUAUGAUGGUGGAGGCAGUUAGAUUGUUUGGUCAAAUGGUAGAGAGAAACAUUAUGCCAAAUGAGGUGACAUAUAAUGUUCUAAUUGAGGGAUACUGCAAGGACGGUAACAUGGUAAAAGCCUUUGAAUUGUUCGGCGAAAUGGUGGACAAAGGUCUUGUGCCUGAUUCGUAUACUUAUAGAUCUUUAAUAAGUGGUCUUUGUUCUGUUGGUAGAGUGUCGGAAGCCAAAGAGUUCCUGGAUGGUCUUCACAGAGAUCACCGUAAGUUGAAUGAGAUGUGUUAUAGUGCACUAUUACAUGGUUAUUGCAAGGAAGGGAAAAUAGAGGACGCAUUGAGGACUUGUCGUGAGAUGGUUGCACGAGGCAUUGAUAUGGAUCUCGUGUGUUAUGGCAUACUUAUUGAUGGAACUCUAAAACAGCAUGAUACAAGAAGGUUACUUGUGCUCCUAAAGGAGAUGGACGAUCAAGGAUUGAGCCCUGACAAUGUGAUAUACACAAGCAUGAUAGAUGCAAACAGUAAAGUGGGAAAUCUUAGGGAGGCUUUCGGGCUCUGGGAUAUUAUGAUCGGUGAAGGAUGCAUCCCUAAUGUUGUUACAUAUACUGCUCUGAUAAAUGGCUUAUGUAAGGCUGGUUUCAUUGAUAAAGCUGAGCUUCUUUGUAAAGAAAUGCUGGUUAGUAAUUUGCUCCCGAACCAGAUAACAUAUGGAUGUUUCAUCGAUCGGCUUGCCGAGGAAGGGAAUAUGGACAAAGCUGUAGAGCUUCACAAUGCAAUUGUUAAAGGAGUUUUAGCUAACACAGUCACGUACAAUAUACUUAUCCGUGGCUUUUGCAAGUUAGGAAGACUUGAGGAGGCUAUGGAGCUUUUAGUUGGAAUGGCUGACAACGGUAUUCUCCCGGAUUGUAUUACUUAUUCAACUAUAAUAUACGAGCACUGUAGAAGAGGUAGUUUACACGAAGCUAUUCGGUUGUGGGACUCUAUGCUAAAUAAGGGUAUAAUGCCAGAUACAUUGGCAUAUAAUUUUUUGAUACACGGCUGUUGUGUUGCUGGAGAACUGAACAAGGCAUUCGAAUUGCGCGAUGACAUGUUCAGAAGAGGUGUUAAGCCAAGUAAGGUUACACAUGAUAUUCUUGCUCGUGGAAAUCAUUCGAAGAAUUCGUAUGAGAAUGUCGAUCAGUAAUCUUCUUGGAAAAUGGUUUUAACGAUACAAAAUUAUAAGGGAAACUGAACAGGGACCUGUUGUUAUGGGGGUUGCCUUAAUGGAAAGUAUGGUUUACACUUGGUUAUCUUCGAAACUGAAGGCGGUUGGACGAAGUUUAGGCAAAGAUUCGGUCCGAUAUAGCUGGAAAAGAUUAAGAUUACUAGUCUUCUUGUAUAGGGUACCUUGUGAACUGAGAAGAUUGUGGCAUAUGGCUGAUGGAUGGCAAAGAGUUCACCUAAAGCCUUACCAUUCGUUCAAUGAUAAUAAAAUCUUUACCAUUUAAUUUGAUCAUUUGUAAAUUGAAGUAGGUUAGAAUAUGUAGUUAGUCCCUGUACUUCUACAAAAUUUGAAUUUUAGUCUCUGAACUUUAAAAGUUAAAAAAAUUCAAUCGUUUUACUUUUUCAGUUUGAAA